AAGGGGGGGAAAAAAAGAGUUUGCACAAUAUCUGGCUCCUCUCUCACUUCCACGCAGGUGGCCAAUCACAGCAUGAAGUCAAUGUCAGAUCGUGGGUUUUGAAAAGUUAAAGAAAUGGUCGUACACAGACCCCCAAUCCCCCUAAUAAAGGGCUCUAAAUAUGGCUAAUUAGGUACAACUAUUGUUGUACCUUGUUGUACUACAAUUAGGUAGGACUCUGUAUGUCUGUUAAAAAAAAACGGUGUUGUGGAUUAAGAGAGCAUAAGCAAGUUGAUUGUGAGUAGAGCGUUUGAAGACGUCACAUUUCUAAAAGUUUGUGUUCUGCUUGUUCAAUAGAUGUUUAAUAAACUGCUAAUAUUGUCUCCCCUACUGAUUUUGAUGCACUAGGAGUUAAUAAGCAUUGUUGUCGUCGACUUGUGUAAAAUACAACCUCAAAUCUGUCUCAUUUCUUCGCAGUGGCCUCUGCUCUGCUGUUGGCUGUAAGUAUGUGUGUGAGGAGCUCAGGUUAGCAAAUAUUGCAAACAGUAACUGGCACAGAACAGGUGAAGAGAGAGAGGAAGAGAGGCAAAAAUCACCACUGACGACUGGGUUUUAAGUGGCAUUCUUACUCCACAGCAUGUGCUGCAUUAUUGGUAGUAAUUGUCGGCUGAAAUUCUGUUACCGGAACAAGAACAGUAAUUUCAUCUUUGUACUAAUUCGCCAGUGAUACAUUGGCCACCUUCAUGUUGUACAUUCCUAGAAGUUACUGCAAGGUUGUGCAACCAAUGCAACACUUUUACUCAAGCAGCAAUUUUUCUGGCUGCGUAUGUGACAAAUACGGUCGCAGUCUGGAGGAUUGCCUUUGUGAUCAACUAGGCACAACAAGAUUACAAUUCCAAAUCCUUCGGAAUAUAGCUUUAUCUUCACAAAUGUAAACAGAGUAAAUCUGGUCCAGUCCGAGCACCAGUCACCAAGUUUUAGAGUAAACAAAAAUCUACACUGUAGAUAAAGAAUUCUAUAAAUAGUGUAAAUGUUGCCAGUAAUGCAGAUAAAGGUUAAAAUGGGUGCUACAUGACUUCAAUGUUAUACCAGAGAACAGUCUCCCAAAACUUGUAUUCCUUUUACAGCACUUAACAUGCAGACAUGAAAAUACUGGAUAUUUAAAUAUACAUUCCCUGAUAAUAUUGUUACAGCACCCAACAACACAUUCAGAGUUCAGUUUGAUAACAUUAUUGUGGCCUCGGAGGAAUUUUGAGGUUUGGGGAAUCUGUUGGGUAAAGAGUAAGUCUGGUGAGAUGAUACCUUUUUUCUUUUUGUCAACAAAUCCCAUGUGUGUAGAGCCAAACCAAAAUUGAAUUUAUCCUACUAACACCUAUUGUAUGUGUAUCUUAAGUCUGAUAUAUCUUAUUCCUCUGUGCCAUAGUGCCCCAUUGUUGUCCAGAAACUAUUAAAAGACAUCAAUGAGCCACACUGUUGCACUGAAUGACAUGUUCCUUCAUUACCAUGAAAACACACCUUUUUGACUCAAUCACAUACAGUAUACACCAUCCUGCUGCCAGAAAUACUGCCUGGAGCACCAAACGAGUGUUAGUCCACCACUGAAAACAGUCCCCAACAUGUACACUGUUUCCUCCUGUUUGAGUGACAUUUGCUAAAAGCUAAAGUGGCCAGCUGUUUUAGGUUAGAUUUUUUAUUUUUAUUUUUAAAUGAAAGUAUAUAACUGUAAUUCAGUAUUAAAGAAUUAUGCCUUCAGUAGGAAACCAUGGUCUUGAAGCAGGAGCCACAGACAAGACGGGGCUUCCAACGGCAGUGACAGUAAAAAGCUCAGGGUGGAGGAGGCCCCACCAUCUCGUGUGCUCCACAUCAGGAAGCUGCCCAACGAGGCCUCAGAGACUGAAGUCAUUAGCCUUGGCUUGCCUUUUGGCAAAGUCACUAAUAUCCUUACAUUAAAGGGAAAGAACCAGGCAUUCUUGGAGAUGGGGACAGAGGAGGCAGCCAUCACUAUGGUUAACUACUACACCACAGUAACUCCUCAUAUCCGCAAUGUCCCAGUCUUUAUUCAGUACUCCAAUCACAAAGAACUCAAAACUGAUGCUGGCAAUCAGCGGACCCAGGCAGUGCUGCAGGCAGUGUCAGCAGUACAGUCUGGUGGGUCACCAAGCUCAGAUGUUCAGGAGGCUCUCGCUGCAGCCUCCAGUCCUGUGCUACGGAUCAUCAUCGACAACAUGUUCUACCCUGUAACACUGGAUGUACUGCAACAGAUUUUCUCCAAAUUUGGCACAGUCAUGAAGAUAAUCACAUUUACCAAGAACAAUCAAUUCCAAGCCCUUCUACAGUUCAGUGAUCCUGUCAAUGCACAGCAGGCCAAACUGGCACUGGAUGGCCAGAAUAUCUACAACUCAUGUUGCACACUGCGUAUUGACUUUUCCAAGCUGGUUAACCUAAAUGUCAAGUACAACAACGAUAAAAGUCGUGACUACACGCGACCGGAGCUUCCUGCUGGUGACGGCCAGCCCAGCCUUGAUCCCACAGUAGCCGCUGCGUUCAGCAAAGACUCCAGCUCCCUCCUCGGUAAGAUUCCAGGAGCCCUGAACCCUCUGAGCGCGGCAGCAGCGGCUGCUGCCGCUGCAGGGAGGGUGGCCCUAGCUGGACAGACAGGGUCCAGCGGGGUCCUGCUUGUCAGCAACCUCAAUGAGGAGAUGGUUACGCCCCAAAGUCUGUUUACCCUCUUCGGAGUGUAUGGGGAUGUCCAGAGGGUGAAAAUUCUUUACAAUAAGAAGGACAGCGCUCUCAUUCAGAUGUCAGAUGCCAACCAGGCCCAGCUAGCAAUGAGCCACCUGAAUGGCCAAAAGAUGUAUGGGAAGAUCAUCCGGGUGACAUUGUCUAAGCACCAGACGGUAGCACUGCCUCGUGACGGCCUGGACGACCAGGGCCUGACCAAGGAUUAUGCCAAUUCCCCACUUCAUCGCUUCAAGAAACCGGGAUCUAAAAAUUUCCAGAAUAUCUUCCCACCGUCUGCCACCCUCCACCUCUCCAACAUCCCACAAGAUGUGACGGAGGAUGACCUGCGACUACUCUUCUCCAACGCUGGAGGCACUGUGAAAGCAUUCAAGUUUUUCCAGGAUCGCAAAAUGGCUUUGAUCCAGAUGUCAACAGUGGAGGAGGCUAUCCAGGCCCUGAUUGACCUUCACAACUACAACAUGGGAGGCAACCAGCACCUGAGAGUCUCCUUUUCCAAGUCCACCAUUUGAGAAUGUGACCCACAAACUCCUGACAUUACCAGGGUUUACUGUCGCUGAGCCGGUCAGCAACCUUUCAGACUGUGUAUGGACACUGGGGGGGCACAUUGAUUUCAUCAGUUUUGUUGUUGGGGUUUGUUGAUCCUGUCAUUCCUUGAGAGACACUGAAACCCUUGACUUGCAUCAUUUUUUUUUUUUUUUUUUUUUUUUUUAAGAGAGCAGUUGCAUAUGUUGCAGAUAAUGGAUCCUCCCAGGUAUUUUUAAUUGUACCUCUGUAUUUUUAUGUCAAAAUAUUGACAUGAUUGAUUGUCCCCCUGUAUGAUAGUUUCAUGUACAUCAAUGUUUAAUUCUUGAUUUAGUUGAAAAGAUACAGUACUUAUGUGCCUUACUUGACAUUUUCAACUAUUAAUACAGAUGGACAUCUUCAUUAAUACCCUACUAUGCUUUUGAGGCACAUUGGUAUUGAAUAUUUUUUGGGAUUGGUGAGAAUGUAAGCUGUUUUGUCAUCCUUUAGACACUUUCUGAAGCUCUGCCAUCAACCGGGCAUAGCUUUUUUUGUUUUGUUUCAGAGUUUUAGAUUCAUAACAUUUCCUUUUUAGUUUAGCAACAGGAGAGAGGAAUAUUCCUGAGGCAGCAUUUAAGAGUUUUUACAGCAGCCUUUGACAGGCAGUUUAACUUGAAUUCCAUUGUUCCACAAUUAUGUUCAUUGUGAGAUUGUUCUCCCCCAGUUUGGGAUAUACAGAUAAACGAUCAUAAUGUGGCUCAUGGCUAAGUAUUUCUUUAUCUGUGUUGAAGCCUUCAAUGCUUUUUCCAUAUUGGUGAGGUAAUUGUCAGUGACAAUGGUUUUCUAAGCAUGUAAAUUGACAAUAGGAUCUCACAUCAGAAAGUGUUGCAUGCUUUGGAAGCAGAUAGAAGAUGAUUCCACUGUGAUUUCAUUGUCAAGUGACAGUUUACUUGAGAGGGCUACUCAGUUGGACCAAAGUUUCUGUGCCUUUAGUGUUCCUUUAAUUCAUUCUAACAAAGAAAAAACAACAAUUUGAAAACACUGAAAUGUUGCGUUUCAGGAAUAAACUCCCAGAAUUUUAAGUGUUGAGUUAAUUCCCACUCGUUUUUUUUUUUUUUUUUUUUUUUUGAUACAGUAAGACCUCUUGACUUGAGGCAUUUGCUCAGAAAUAAUAAUUAUGUAUAUUUUUUCCUCUUGGUCUGAUUUUAUACAGCUCAAAAUGUAACGAUUUGGUAUAGUUCUGAAGCGGCACAAUUAAAGCAUGAAUUAUUUUCUAACAAGGGGAAGUGCGACUUGGUUUCCUGCAUUUUGAUUUUUCCUUCUCAUGGUCUCUCGUGUAUACUGCAUUACCUCUGUAGCAUGCUGAAUAAAACUCUUCUGUAGCUCUGCAUUCACCUUUUCUGUCUCUCUUCUCUGUUCUGUCUGUUCCGCUCACUUCUGAAACCAUCUCAGUCCCAGGGUGGGAAGGAAGCCAGAAUCCAUUUAGGAACCACUUAAAAACAAACUCUAAUAAGCCAGACUGAGCCCUAUGAUGGUACUAAUUCACAGGACAAGAAGUACAUUUUCUUGAUGCGUUUCCCACCCUGCCAACUGACACAAUCUAUUCUUCUGAUGUCUUGCUCUUCUCUCUUCUGGUAGGUACCUAUUUUCUAAUCAGUCUCUAAGGGCCUCUGCUCUCCUGACAAUCUUUCUGAUCUAUGUACUUGCUCUCACGCCUUUAUCAAUUACAUAAAUGGCCUCAGUUGUCAUUUUUUCCAAGCUUUCUGUAUGUUAUGCUAAUGCCAGCUUUGGAACAUAUUUGAGUAACAUUGCUAAAGGCACAAGCAUAUAUAAUAGGAUGUGUUAAGUAAAUGAAAGCCUCAUUAUAGUGCUGGAGAAUGCCUUUGAGCACCAGGAUGGGACACUCUUCAAAAUCUCAGGUGUUCUGGACACAGCUUGGUCUGUAAGAAUGUAAACGACUGACCUUAACCGUUCUUCAGUCCUUAAAAAUCUAAAUACUUCUUGUGAACAGCUGAAGAAGAACAGAUGUCUUUAAGUCAAAGGAUAACACUGGUAUAUGAUUGCACUCACUUAAACCAUUUUUGAUUGUAAAUCUGUACUGUAAUUAAUGUACUUGCUACAGCCAGCAGCUUAUGCUAUGUCUUAGUUUCAUCCCACAGUGCAAAGAUACGCUGGUUUGGUUAAAUGGCAACUGUAAAUUGCCCAUAAUUGUGAAUGGUUGCCAGUCAGGGUGUACCCCUCCUUCCACCCAUUAUCAGCUUGCUCCAGUGCUCCCUCAACUCUCAAGGAUAAGCGGGAAUAGCUAAUGCAUUGAUGGAUGAAUGCAAAGAUGGAUACUUGAAUUUUGACUACUUUAAAGCUGCCGUCAGUACUUCUGUGUUAACAGCAUCAAAUCACUGUAUAUAAUAUGAAUGGGAUCACUCAUAACCCACAGAAAAUUAUCACCAAUGCGAUAGUUCAUCUCAGUUUUACAGGUAGGGAGUUUCAAAAGCGUCUUCUUGCUGAUUAGUGUCCAGCCUCCAUGUCCAGUCUAUAUGAAUUUUAAUUAUAAUGUGCAUUCCUUAAUCUGCCAUAGUGCAUAAUUCUCAGCACGUGGUUUCUGACAGUAAGAAAAGUACAAUAAUAAACUCAUAUCUAAACAACAGUUAGACCCUGUUGGCCUGAACUUCUGAUGAGUACAGUAAACCACUGAGGUUCAAUUUGUGUUGCACUCUAAAUGACUGAAAAUGAUAAAGUUGCUGCCGAUGUGUUGAUGUAAGCAGGCGCUGCUCCAUCAGGGAUUAGGCCCAUCGGCAUGACUUUGUGAUGAUGGACGUCAUGUCAGUCAUUGUCUGAUGAAGAUGACGCUCCACAGUCAGGCCCUGGGACCAGGCAGAUGACCUGAUCCAUCAUCAUGCAGACACACUGCUCCUUACUACCAAUGCAAGGGGCUUUUAUUUUGCAAGCUUUCAUUGGAAGUGCUUGCAUCCUAGAUCCUGGUCUCUAAAGAUGAGAUGAUGUACCAAGGCGAGGGGCAGAGCCAAUCAAUAGCUAGUCUGGCCAAUGCAUCACCAGGGCAGGACACUGUGGUCCGGAUCUGUUUCACUCUGCUCAAACACAAUAGAACAAAGGCUUCCCUCUUGUGUCUAACUCCCUCAUGGGUUUUCACUGGCUUCGUCACUAUUAAAAACUUUUGGCUUUCACUAGCUUUUUAAGUGAUGAAUCACUUGUGUUUGCAUUUGGACCUACUGUUAAUCUCUAGUUCUCCAAGUAUCUUGUUCAUUUUCCGCAUGAAAACACAUAUAAACCAUUUUUUCCCCUUUAUAUUCAUUAAUGUGGCACAUGAAUGUGUUAUUCUAGAGAGUGGUGUACCAGUGUAAACUAUGGCUAUGUAUCUAUUUAUAGUUCAUUUCUAUACUUCAACUAACAAUUGUCUUUUUAAAGAAUCCCAAACAUUCCCAACUUGAUCUGCCAGAUAAUAUCCUGACCCAGUGACUCCCUUAGUGUAAGCGCUGUGAGCCAACACUAUGGACUGUUAGGACUUGACCAGUUGAGGAGGAGGACUAACAGUUGUCAGUUCAUGUGGGCAGCUCGUCCACCUUGAUACUGGUGUUACUGGCAUCCAGUGGGGUGAGUAACUAAGUACAUUUACAUUUAAGUGCUGUAUUUCUUCUCAAGUACUUUUCAGAAGCAAAUAUUCUACUUUUUACUCUACUAAAUGUUUUUGAAAACACAAAAACAUAUUUUACAAUAAAAGCACAGAUAAGAGAAAAGCCUAAAAAAUAAUACAACUUUUUCCAACACAACAUUGUUUUUUGUUCUUUUCUCUCCCAUUAAUCACCUCACGACUCCUCAAGCUCUAGCUUGAGCAACAACAAUGCUGUAGUUGUAGAAAAAAGUACAUUGACAUGUAUCUUACAUAUACUUUGUUGAUAAUAUUUUUGUUGGCAUAUGUUACUUCCUGUUAGUAAGAUUCUUAAUCAAUGACUUUUACUUGUAAUGGAGGACUUUUACUAGCAGUGUAAUGUAUAGCUACUAUUUGUAUCUGUAUCUCUUUAUCUUAAUAUAAUAGCUGUAUUUGUAUUAUACAGGAAGUGGGCCUGGUUUAUAUAGGACAUUGAUUAAUUGGCUGCAAUAAAUUGUUGUUUUUUUUACUGCCAUUUAUACUCCUACAUGCUUAGCUGCCAAAAAAAAAUGCAAUAUUUUAAAAUUGUACUGAAACUGAUCUAAUAAUAAAAUAUAUAUGAACCUCACUUUCAAAAUAAAUGAAUAAAAGUCAGCUUAAAUGUAGUAAAAAUAAAGGUUAAUGGUCUGGGUGGAUCUUAGGCGUGGAAAGUG